CGGCCAUUGAAACCGGGCGUGCGCGUUGCCCGUCAUUAGUGUCAAACAUGCGCUUGCGCAGUGUGCUUGUGUUCUGUUCUAUAAUCGCCGCCGCGCGAUGUUCCUUGCGAACCGACCAAAAAUUUUGGAAAGGUCUCGCCGAAAGCGAGUUAGAAGAAGCUCUGAAAGUGAAAUGGAACCUGAAUCCGGCGACCAACGUGAUUCUCUUCGUUGGAGACGGCAUGGGGCCGAACACCGUGACCGCUACCAGGAUGUACAAGGGAGGAGAGACUCAUCGACUGGCUUAUGAGAAGUUCCCACACAUGGGGUUACUGAAGACAUACUCGGCCAACAAAAUAGUGCCAGACUCAGCGUGCACGGCGACCGCUAUGUUCUGCGGCGUGAAGACCAACCAGGACACGAUAGGGGUAGACGCUACAGUCAAGAAAAAUGACUGUGAAGCUUCUCUCCAACCAGAAGGCAGACUGCAGUCGCUGGCAGCCCUCGCUUUGAAAGCAGGGAAAAGUGCAGGAUUUGUGACAACCAUGCGCGUGACGCACGCCACCCCCGGGCCUAUCUACGCGCACAGUGCGAACCGCAACUGGGAAUGCGAGGCCAGACUGCCAGAGGGCAGUCCGUGCAAGGACAUCGCUAGGCAACUCGUUGAAGACUGGCCUGGACGUGACCUACAUGUAAUAAUGGGAGGCGGCAGACAAGCCCUAGUCUCUAACUCUACAGGCACUCCAAUAGACCCGAUCAGCAAAGACUGGUGGACGUGCUACCGACAAGAUGGCAGGAACCUCAUAGAAACAUACAGGGAAGACAAAACCAACCGAGGGUUAAAACACAGCGUAGUCGCCAACAAUCAAGAGCUAGAUGAGCUGGAUGUGGAAAAUACUGAUUAUUUAAUGGGUAUUUUCUCCAACGAACAUUUGAGCUACGAUCACCAGAGGCACAAGGGCCCCGACGGUAUGCCUUCCUUAUCCGACAUGGUAAAAGCAGCCAUCAAGGUUCUGCAAAAGAACAAAAAAGGCUACUUCCUCAUGGUAGAAGGAGGCAACGUAGACAUGGCUCACCAUAGAGGCUGGGCCAAGAGGGCGGUGGACGAGGCCGCGGCGAUGGAGACCGCAGUCCAAGUGGCUGCCAACAUGACUGAUGAAGAGGACACACUUCUCAUCGUCACGAGUGACCACACUCACACGUUGAACAUAAAUGGGUACCCUAAUAGAGGGGAAAGCAUCUUUGGCAUAGCUGGUGCAUCGAGCGUGGACGGCGUAAACUACACCACGCUGUCCUACAGCAAUGGAGGUCCGGGUUCAUUCCAGUUCUACGUGAAGACAGACGAGGAAGGCAGCAAGGUGGCCAGGAAGGACCCCAGUGGGGAAGACACUGAGGCCUUCGACUAUAACCAGGUGGCUGGGAUACAGCUGGUCGAGAACUCGCACGGAGGUGGUGAUGUCGCUAUUUAUGCUAGAGGUCCUCACUCACACUUAUUCCACAACGUGCACGAGCAGCACUACGUGUUCCACGCUAUCUCCUACGCGGCCAAGAUUGGUGAUUACUAUGGCACAUCCAGUGGAACAAUAACCAACAUCAAUGUAGUGUACAUUUGUAUCACAACGACAAUUGCUGUGCUCUUUGCUACUUUGAAGAUAUGACAGAGGAUAUGGAAUUGUAUUUCUAAUUUUAUACAAUCAAAAUGUAAUUUAUUUUAUUAAAAUAAUGUUUAGAAUUUUGGCAGUGAUUUUACCUGUCAAAAUAGUGCAAUUUUUAUUUGUAGGUACAGUUGCAAAGAAACGCAUUUGAAACGAAUUGUAUGAAAUAAUAAUCCUAUAUUAUUUAGGAGUACCUACAUAAUUUUUACAGUCAAUGAAAAGCAGUUUUAUUAAAUAAAAUCACAAGCUUGUCACUAAGAACUAUUUUAUUGUCAUAAUAAAUAAGAAAAUUGUAACAAUCAUAUAAAACAGAUUUGUACAUAUUAUCACAAAAUAAAUGCUACAGCAUCUUAAUAAUAAUUUCUAUUCGAAAUUAUUGAAGAAAAACUGAAUGCAAAUAUUAAUAUCAUUGAUGAGCAUUGUCUUACAGACAAGUUUCUAUCCAAAAUUCAUGAAUAUUGCAAAAUAAAUAACUACAUAUUAUGCACUAAUCAACCAAUAAAACAAAUCUUUGUAUUGAUUCAAUAUUUACUGGAUUCGUAAUAUAAACAUACAACAAAUUAAGUUAUGUUAUAAAUAAAUAGAUUAGGAAUA